AUGCACCAUGCAAAUCAGCAAAUCGAACUUCGUUCGUAUGACACCAAACUACCUCACUCGUAUGACACCAAACUACCUCACUCGUAUGACACCAAACUACCUCACUCGUAUGACACCAAACUACCUCACUCGUAUGACACCAAACUACCUCACUCGUAUGACACCAAACUACCUCACUCGUAUGACACCAAACUACCUCACUCGUAUGACACCAAACUACCUCACUCGUAUGACACCAAACUACCUCACUCGUAUGACACCAAACUACCUCACUCGUAUGACACCAAACUACCUCACUCGUAUGACACCAAACUACCUCACUCGUAUGACACCAAACUACCUCACUCGUAUGACACCAAACUACCUCACUCGUAUGACACCAAACUACCUCACUCGUAUGACACCAAACUACCUCACUCGUAUGACACCAAACUACCUCACUCGUAUGACACCAAACUACCUCACUCGUAUGACACCAAACUACCUCACUCGUAUGACACCAAACUACCUCACUCGUAUGACACCAAACUACCUCACUCGUAUGACACCAAACUACCUCACUCGUAUGACACCAAACUACCUCACUCGUAUGACACCAAACUACCUCACUCGUAUGACACCAAACUACCUCACUCGUAUGACACCAAACUACCUCACUCGUAUGACACCAAACUACCUCACUCGUAUGACACCAAACUACCUCACUCGUAUGACACCAAACUACCUCACUCGUAUGACACCAAACUACCUCACUCGUAUGACACCAAACUACCUCACUCGUAUGACACCAAACUACCUCACUCGUAUGACACCAAACUACCUCACUCGUAUGACACCAAACUACCUCACUCGUAUGACACCAAACUACCUCACUCGUAUGACACCAAACUACCUCACUCGUAUGACACCAAACUACCUCACUCGUAUGACACCAAACUACCUCACUCGUAUGACACCAAACUACCUCACUCGUAUGACACCAAACUACCUCACUCGUAUGACACCAAACUACCUCACUCGUAUGACACCAAACUACCUCACUCGUAUGACACCAAACUACCCGUAACCACAGUGGAGGAGCAGACGUGCGGGAUAGAAGAACACCACAUUCAACGUGUUGAAGCUCCUGCGCACAGGAGGGAAGCGAUGGGCGUGAAAGGGGGAUGGGCGUAG